AUGCCGAUUCCACUUGCCCCCUACCCUCCACUCCCUCCAUAUGCGCCUCCACCAAAUGGUGCGCAGAGUCAAGUUGUCUGUUCUGGGUGUAGAAACCUUCUGCUCUAUCCAGUUGGAGCCACAUCUGUGUGCUGUGCUGUUUGCAAUGCAUUAACAACUGUGCCACCUGCUGAAAUGGCCCAGUUAGUGUGUGGAGGCUGUCACACUUUGCUCAUGUACAUCCGUGGAGCGACAAGUGUGCAAUGCUCUUGUUGUCACACAGUCAAUCUAGCUUUGGAAGCAAAUCAGGUGGCACAUGUCAACUGUGGAAACUGCAAGAUGCUACUGAGGUACCAAUAUGGAGCAAGAUCCGUGAAAUGUGCGGUUUGCAGUUUUGUAACAUCAGUUGGGGCCUCAACAAGCACCACUGAGCAGAAAUUCAGCACCUAA